AGUUGCAGGAUGUCGUUCAGCGGAGAGACCGCCGCUGGGCCGGAGGCGGCCGGCGAGAAACAGAAUAUUGCAAGACAGUUCCUGUACGUGGACGACACCGGACCGGAGAGAAAGCUGCAACUGAAGGAGGAAGUCCUCCAGGCCUUCCUAGAAAGUGAUGACGUCUCCGACAAGCCUGUGGCGGUGAUUUCGGUGGCCGGAGCAUUCCGAACGGGCAAGUCGUUCCUGUUGAACGAGAUGUCCAGAUAUCUGACAGCCGAGAACAAAGGGCAAUGGCGUGACGUGAAAAAGGGGAGCUUCACAUGGAAAAAUGGAGCAAAGUCUCAUACCAAUGGCAUGUUCAUAUCGCCUCCAAUCAAAAUCACUUUGGAUUCCGGAGAAGAGGCUGUCCUCUUCCUUCUAGACACGCAGGGGCUGUUCGAUGAGGAUUCGAACAUGUCUGACGCGACCAAAAUAUUCGCUCUGAGCACCCUCCUCAGCUCAAUGCAGGUGUUCAACCUUCAGGGCAACUUGAAGAGCGAUGACCUGGAUCACCUACAGCUCUUCGCCGAGAUCGGUCGCAUGGCCAGAGAUCGCUCUAACAGAACGGCCUUCCAGAACCUGCUCUUCCUGAUUCGCGAUUGGGAUCACCCAGAUACACAUCCGUUCGGGAAACAGGGAGGCGAUGCUUUGGUCCAAACACGUAUGGGAAGUGGCAAGAAGGACCCCAAUCAGAGACGACAGCACAUUGAAACAUGCUUUGCAAAAAUCGGUGGGUUUCUCAUGCCCUACCCGGGAAGUACAGUCGCCCGGGGUUCGACCUUUUCUGACGACGAAAUGGGUAAAGAGUUUUCGGAUGCGCUGGACAAGCUGCUGACCUUACUGCUCUCUCCAGACAAGAUCCCAUUGAAGAUGAACGGCAACCGCCCAGUGACGUGCGGAGAGCUGGCAACUCUCAUCAGGAUGUACUCGGAGCUUUUCCAAAGCGACAAGCUCCCGGAACCAAAGAGCAUUCUCCAGAUCGUCGCCGAGGCGUGCAACACCGCAGCCGUCGAUGCUGAGCUCAGCAAGUACGUGACGAAAAUGAACAAACUACUGGCCGAAGACGCUCCGCCGCUAACAGAAAAAAUUUUCGAGCAAAAGCACAGCGAGGAAAAGUUGGCAGCAGUCGAAGGUCUGAAAAACAGGGACACCGUUCCAGAUUCCACAAAGUCUGAAGUUCAUUAUUGCUCACUGCUCGCUUACAAGAUAGAAGAAUGGCUAGAAACGGCGCGAAACAAGUUCACAGCAAGGUGCGCAAACGACAGAGAAAAGGCAAGGAAGGCGAAUGAAAAUGUGGUGAAAGAGUGCAUGGAGACAUUCGACGCAUCGAUGCGUAACUUGGAGAGUGACAUGCCUGUUGGGGAAGAGAAGAUCAGAGAAGCCUACUACGAAGCAGGAAAGGUCGCGGUAGAUCGCUUCACACGGGACAUGAUAUCUCUGGGAUCGUACGUACCAACAGACUGCAAACACAAUCUGGAAACGAGUUUGAAGGAAAGGCUCGACCAAAUGUUGGCAAGAGACGAGGACUUGUCGAACACAAAGGAAGUGGAAAGACAGUUCCUUAGGUACAAAGCUCAAAUGGAAGAUCUUCUAGCUGACGGUGCCCCGAGUCUGGACAAUGGCAUGGUUGAAGGCCAUCACGGCAAGGAACUACGCUUGGCUCUGUCAGCCUUGCAACCACUGAUUAGCAUGAAACAUUCAACUAACUCCGAAGACCACUACUCUGGACGCCUUGAGAGCAAGAUACUUAACUGGUUCCAAGAAUCACAAGAACUGUUCCACGAAAAGUGCACAGCAGACAAAAUGAGAGCGGAUGAGGUGAACUGUGCACUUGCGACAGAGUGCUUGGCGUCAUUCAAACACGCACUUACUGCUAUAGAAAGAGACCAGGCUGCCAACAAAACGAAGAUGCAGGAAGCAAUGGAGGUAGCUGAGCGGAACGCCAUGCAGUGUUUCGAACGUGAAGUGGUUACCUUUGGGUCGUACGAUGCUGAUGAAGGUCGUCAGAAGCUGCACGAGAACAUUCGGACAUGUAGCCAGGAUCUUCUGACAAGACAGGAAGAGAUGUCGAACUCGGCGUUAGUGAGGGACCUUUUAGAGGAGUACAGCAUGGAAAUGCUGGAGCUCCUAGCUGAUGACGGCUCACUUAUUUGUGGUGACCUUGUCAUCAGCACUCACUCACAGGCGAAAACACAUGCGAUUGAUGUACUCGAAAGCAAGCUCAGCUUGCAGCAUUCCACCAAGCCAGCAAGUGAGUACUGGCGUCUGCUGUAUAACCAAAUAGAUGAAUGGUUCAGCAAAUCCCAAAAAGAGUUCGAAGACAAAUGUGAAAAGCAAAACGUGAAUAUGGCUGUCAAAAGCCUUGAGGAUUUUUUCGAGAAUUUCCAGAAGAAACUGCCAACGGUGGACUCUUGGAUGUAUCUCAGAAGUCGCGAUUCAGAAAAGCAGAUUGUGCUGAGAGACUAUACUGAGCAUGCUGCGUCUUUCGGAUCCUACAGUGCAGAGGGCCUGACAAAUCGACUCGACCAGGUACUGGACCAAGUAGCGGGUCCGAUGAUCGACAUAGAGAAGGCGCGUCGGAAUGCUAUGGCAAUAUGGCGUGGUGUGAACUUUGUUACAGGAGUCGUCUUCACAGCAAUGGUCCUGUCUGGACCUGUUGGUUGGACAGCUGCCGGAACUUACGGAGUCGGAGGGGCAGUUGUAGCUGCAGGUGAAGGGUUAGUAACAUUGGGUGUUGGUGUCUUUGCAGCCAAUUUGACAAAGGAAAUCAUAGCUAAGAGUGGCACACCGCAGGAGGCCAGGAGGAAGUUAUUUUUUAUCUUAAUGGAAAGGAGAGAGGGUUACGAAAAGUUUGACGGAGAAAACAUCAAAACGAUCCUCAAGUUCACCUUUGAAUAACUAUUCUAUUUGUCCCAACCAUCAAAUCUAGUCUGCGCCGUAGCUGAUUUUACUCUGGCUAGCUCCGGCAUUUGCUCCGGCCAAAGUACGGGCAAAGUCUGGGACUCUACUGGAGCUGACACACGAUCCCAGAGCUCGCCCGAACCACAGCCGGAAUUAAGCCGUAUCAGCCGUGCCGUACCUCAACCGUACUUCAGCCACAGUAAGCCAGAGCAGCUACGAGGCAGCCGGUCCUGGCCGUAGGAAGCCGGACUUGAGCCGUGGCAGGGAGCCGGACUUGGGCUAGGCUUGACGGUCCGAAACCAUACCAACUCGGGAGCGCUACGGCAAAGGCUGUCGAACCGGAAUGGAGCCAUAUGGACCCAAACCCCGGCCCUGACGGCGUUCCGUUUACACCGGCCCAAAUCUGGCAUGUCGGCGUUGCUGGGAAAAACGGACUUGAGCCAAACCAAAUUGCUGGCUAGGAAAGGUUCCAAACUGGCAGCCAAAUGAUCGGCAGCUGCAAACCCCGCAGUCGGAUUUCCGACGGCUUUCUAAAAGCCAAGCCAUAUGUUAUCUGUAGUUGCUUGUAGUUGCCUGAAUUGAUUAUUUCCUUUGACCAUGUGUGACGCUGAUAUCGUGUGCGUAGCGCGCUCCUGAUAGGCAGUUGUGUCCUGGUGUCUGUCGACGACCAUCUAGAUAAAAUUGGUAUUGUUUGAAUUAUCAUCCGCACCGCUUUCCCGGGUUACCGUCCGGAGACACCUGUAUCGUGGAGUGCAGUGUAGUGCGUCACAGGGUGCAGUGGGUUGCUUCUGGUGAGCCAUCAGCUGCCGUUCACAAUAACAGGUUAGAAAUACUGAGGUUACGCUGGGGACUUACGCGAUUGGUACGUAAAUGUGACGCUUCGUGAUUCUAUGGCAUUGAUGGCAAUCCAAUGCGUAUCAUGUGAUUUUGUGGAAUACACGCAGCAGAAAAUGUACGGAAAAUGUUCCCGGCAUGAUGGUGCAGAAAAUAUACAACGAUGGCUAAUCA